GUGGGCACCUUGUUAAAGAUCGGCCACAUCAAGGAGGUAAAAUACCCAGAAUGGUUGGCAAACGUGGUAUUGGCACCUAAACCCCCAACAUGGAGGAUGUGUGUUGAUUACACUGACCUGAACAAAGCAUGCCCGAUGGAUCCAUUCCCAUUGCCUAACAUCGACCAAUUGGUGGACGAGACAGCAGGGUGCGAGUUGAUGAGUUUCAUGGAUGCUUUCAGUGGAUACCACCAAAUUCGCAUGCAUGAGGAGGAUGCGGAGAAAACCUCAUUCAUGACUCCAGAGGGUAUUUUCUGUUACUUAGUCAUGGCGUUUGGACUGAAAAACUCUGGGGCAACGUACACUCGCAUGAUCUCUAAACUUUUUCGACCUGUCCUAGGCCGCACCAUGGAGGCCUACGUGGAUGAUAUGAUUGUGAAGAGUAAAAGAGCAGGUACGCAUGCCGUGGAUUUGGCAGAGGUGUUCAAAAUCAUGGAGAAGUUCAAUCUUCGUCUCAAUCCAAAGAAGUGCACGUUCGCCGUGCAGGGAGGGAAGUUCCUGGGUUACUUGGUAAGCAGAAGAGGAAUCGAGCCAAAUCCGGAGAAAGUCAAGGCCAUUCUCGAAAUGGAACCUCCUCGUAAUGUCAAAGAAGUGCAGCGAUUGACGGGACGCUUAGCGGCUUUGAACCGCUUCUUAUCAAAACUAGCAGAGAAAGCCACGCCUUUCUUCCACAUCAUGAAGAAAUCAAAGGGGUUCGUAUGGACUGAGGAGUGCCAAAAGUCAUUCGAGGGAUUGAAAAACUACCUCUUGUCUCCUCCUGUCUUGUCCAAACCUGAGGCGGGGGAGACAUUAUACCUAUACCUAGGGGUUUCACCAAGUGCAAUUAGUUCUGUCCUGGUGCGUGAAGAUGGUGGCGUCCAGAGACCCGUUUACUACGUAAGCAAAAACUUUGAGGGACGCUGAGCUACGGUACACAACCAUAGAAAAAACUGUUCUAUCCGUGGUGUGGACGGUCAAACGGCUCACACAAUACUUCCAAGCUCACCCUGUCCAUGUACUGUCACACCAACCCCUGGGUGCCUUAAUGAGAAGUCCCACGGCUUCCUCGAGGAUGGUCAAAUGGGCAGUGUAUCUAAGUCAAUUUUAUAUAGAGGUGAAGCCAAGACCUUCCAUCAAGGGGCAAGCUCUUGCAGAUUUCAUAGUAGAAUGCACAGCGCGGGAAGAAGCAACGAAGAUGAAGCAUGGUGACGAUGAACAAGAGUGGUGGAUAUUGUCCACGGAUGGCUCCUCCGCGGCCAAAUCUUGUGGGGGAGGGGUGGUCCUCACCACGCCCGAAGGCUUCAGGGCCUAUUACGCUAUUCGGUUCAACUUCAAGGUGUCGAAUAAUGAGGCAGAGUACGAGGCUCUACUAUGUGGUCUACGCUUGGCGGCGAACAUGAGGGCGGAGAAGGUCAGGAUACGGUGUGAUUCAAAACUAGUGGUUGGACAGAUCACGACUGAGUUUGAGGCGAAGGAAGAACGGAUGCGGCUAUAUCGUGACGCUGCCCUGGAACUUCUGAAAUUGUUCAUCGCCUAUGAAAUUGAACAGAUACCAAGAGCGCAAAAUGUCGAAGCAGACAUGUUAUCCAAAUUAAGUGCAGAGACACCGGAAAGGAUUUCAAAGAUUGCAAGGAUAGAAGAGUUGGACACUUCCAGCAUAUAUGCGUGCCCUGUCCAGGCCAUAACCACGAGGGACGCGGACUGGAUUGACUGCCUCAUCAAGUAUAUCAACGAGGGAGUGCUGCCCGCGGAGGAGGUUGAAGCCAAGGUGACUAAGAUGAGGGCGCCGAGUUAUACCAUUUUGAAUGAGAAACUGUACAAGAGGUCUUACAAUGGCACGCUUCUCAAGUGCUUACGACCAGAUGAAGCCAAGGUUGCCAUGGAAGAGAUACAUGCAGGGAUAUGCUCAGCUCACCAAGGAGCACACACCAUGCCCCGAAAGGUAAUCCUACAAGGUUUCUUCUGGCCAACCAUAGUUAAGGAUUGCGCUGAAUUUGUCAAGAGGUGUGUGGUGUGUCAAGAGUUCCAGAAAUCUCCGGGACGUCUAGCCACCAACUACACCCCCAUUAGCACGGCUAUACCUUUUGCACGGUGGAGGAUAGAUCUCAUUGGUGCCUUACCAAGGGGAACAGGGAGCGUGAGAUGGGUUAUCGUUGCCAUAGACUAUUUUACUAAAUGGAUAGAAGCAGUACCCCUAGCAAGCAUCACUGAAGGGCAAUGCAGAAAAUUUGUCAUGAAGCACAUCCUUUGUCGCUUUGGAGUACCCCAACAGAUCAUAACCGAUAAUGGGAGGCAAUUCGGAGCAUCCGGGUUUAACGAAUUCUGUGAGAGUUGGGGGAUCAAACACAGUAAUGCGUCAGUUGUCUAUCCCCAAGCGAAUGGCCAAGUGGAGAAUGCAAACCGCACGAUCAUGGACGGUUUGAAGAAAAAGCUGGAAGCUGCCGGAGGGGAGUGGGCUGAAGAACUACCACUGAUACUCUGGGCAUACAGGACCACACCAAGAAAGGCCACAGGGGAGACACCAUUCUCCUUGACAUAUGGUUUCGAGGCGAGGGCACCUGCGGAAGUAAUUCUCCAUAGCCGCCGAGAAGAGGAAUAUGACCCCGAGACGAACGAGGAGGUCAUGGCGACCGAGCUUCUUUUUAUUGAAGAAAGAAGAGAAGCGGCUUUCUGCCGUGCGGAGAACUAUAGAAGGCAGGUGAAGGGAUACCAUGAUUCUCGAGUUCGCAAACGCAACUUUGAAGUUGGGGACUAUGUCUUGAGAAAAAGGGAGGUCAGCAAACCCUUGGAAGGGGGGAAAUUUGCCAAAAAUUAUGAAGGCCCUUACGUGAUUAAAUCAGUGAUCCGUCCAGGGACGUUCAAACUUCAGACGCCGAAGGGAAAAGAAAUUGAGAGGACUUGGAAUGCAGAACACUUGCUCAAGUUUUACCAUUGAAAAUUUAUCAUUGAUACUCCACCUGACGAUUAUGAUGUAUGGUAACCACGUAUGGUGGUAAACGCGGUCCUUUUCCAUCCACUGUUUUCAAAUAAGAGAUCUCCUUGAUCCACACAAGAGUGAAUAAUG